CACGAUUUUUUUUUUUUUUGGAAAGUCAAAUGUCGAUGAAGUUAGUAUAGGUCCAGGAUUUUCGUGAUUUUCGAAAAAUACAUUAGAAUCAUUGCACCUAUUUUUUAACGCAAAACAAAAAAAGAAUAUGUUUUUCUUACAGAAGUUAUAGUGAUGUCAGGAAAUACAUAACUUUGUUUUGUGCAAAGUGCGUCUCGACUUGUAUAGCCAUUAAAAUGCCUGCCGUGACUUCGACAACAGAGGAGCAAAACGAUGCUGAUCAAAAAAUUUGGAAUGCUCUCAAAAGAUAUAUCAUAAGAGAAAGACAAAGGAAAAAAGAAGAAUAUGAAGCUGAAGUGGAAGAAGAGAGGCUUCGAAAAGAGAGAGAAGCAAGAAAAAGGCAAGAUGUUAUGACACUUGAGGAGACAAAAGAGCAGAUUGAACAAGUAGAACAAAAGCUGAAACAGUUGGAGAAAGAGAAACAACAGUUAUUCAUGAAAUUAAAGAAGGUCCUUAAUGAGGAUGAAAUCCGUAAACGACAACAGCAAAAGGAAACCAACGAAAUGCAACCAAUGAAGAUGUCAAUGAGUGGUAACAUCCAGGUCCCAAUGUUCUCGAUGCCAUCAUCUACGGGCCAGGGUGAGCCCCCACCUGCUCAGGGCAGGCCCCCUCCGCUUACCUCUCACCUACUUAACAAGAAUAAGCACUCAAACUACAUGUUGUUUCCGCAACAGCAGACGAUUGUGCGAGGUCCCAUACAAACGGGCGUCAAGCGGCAGCGUAGUCCGUCUCCAACUUACACUCUAUAUGCUCAUAGAUUACAGCCGCAGAUGAAACAUCAACCUGUAUACUCUGAUCAUAAGGUUGAAGACGGCCGCAUGGGCCGCCAGCUAACCCGUGCUGUGCUUUGGAACAAAUCAUCGCAAUACGGCUCAGGCGCGGGCAGCUCGUCAAUCUCGUCCCCGGCAUACUACGCGAUGCCUACAUCGGGCGUGGUGGGUGUGGUGGGCGAGCGUCCGCCGCCGCUGCUGUACGCGCACCACGCGCACACGCCGCACACGCCGCACACCCCGCACACCCCGCACACGCCGCACCACUCCAACUUGAUGUACGCGCCCGCGCCGCAGCCGCCGCAGUUGUACCUGGACUUACUGAAGAAUAGAGAGGGACAGCAACAUCAGGAGCCGAAGAAAGAUCCGCAGCCGCAAGUCCUCCUAGGUCUGAGCGAAUCCCACCACCCGGCAGUGAGCACCAGCAGCGGCUACGGGCUCCACCUCGCACAGCAUCAACAUCAGCACCAUAACAACAUGCCGCCAUCAAAGCCCGGCAGCAUCACCCAAGGGUACCCGGUCCAACAGUCGAACCCUAAUGUCCAGAACCCGAAUAUAUAUCCCAACAGACACCGAUAUUAGCUAGUAAUCAUUCGGCGACACCGUCUCAAGCCACCACCAUAGUACGCAAGGAACGAAUACAAGAAUAUACAGCGAGAUAUACGGUCUGUGAGACACAUUUGGUUCAGAUGACAGGGAUUAUUGCUUGUGAGACAAAAAUAUGGUAUGUUAGACAGAUUAAAAUACAGAGUAAAUUUGACAUAGCGCAAUAUAGAAGACGGUUUGUGAAGCAAGCAGAUUAUACUGAUAGUGAGAUACAUUAAGAUAGAAAAUUAAGAAAUAAUUUUAACGAAAGAUCACUGUUUUUGGGACACAUGUAAUGUGGAAAAUGCAUGAUACAGAAAAAAAAAUGUUCAAAAAUAUAAAAAGCUAAUGAGCAAAUCAGCCUAUUUUCGUCAAUCUAAAAAUGUGUCUCAUUAGAUCGUCAUUUGAGUGUGUGAUUUAAGGAUCAAGUGCAGUGUUGAACUGGUGGUAUAUUUCAGUGCAAAAAAGAACUUAAAAGGUUAUGUAAAAAUGAAUCUAUUGUUGAACAUAUUAUAGCUGAAUUUUCAAUAUAUUAUUGGUACAUUUAAUAUUUUGCUAUUUACAUAAUGUAUGCUUUAUUGCAUUCCACUGAAAUCUCAUGUAUCGGAGAAAUCUGUAUAGUUAUUUUGUUUCAUGAACAUUUGAAUAAUUUUAUGUUAUUAAAAUUGAAAAUUCAGCGUAACUAAUAUAACCACUAAACACAAAGUUACAACAAUAUGUUAUCCAUUUUGUAGUACUUUUUAUUGGUUUUAAAAACAAAACAUAGUAUUUUAGUUGGCAAUUGGUAUAUCUAUGGGAAUAAGGGAAUUAGUUCCGAGUAUUUUGUUUUUAGAGUUUUUUUUGUCUAUUUAUCAAUACAAAUAUAAAGCAACAUUAUAAGCAUAUUAAUUCGUAUAUUCAAUAGAAAGUACAAUUAUUGUAGCCGAAUAACUAUAUUAUGUUUAAAUCAUCAUUUAUCCAAGUGAAUAGUAAUAUUGUUAAGAAAAAAUGCAAAGGUUUUUGUUAUAAUUUAGAUUUAUUUAUUGCUUGAGAAUUGUAAAAAAUGUUCUAGGCACACAAUUUAUGAAAUUGAUAUCAUAACCCUUCUUUUUGCUUUUCGCUGUAGUAGAGUAAAAAAUUAUUCAUUGCUUUCUUAGUAGAUCACUAUUUUCUUUUUUGAUAAAAAUGUUAAUCGUUGCAGAUAUAUUUUGUAAAUAUGCUAUCAUUUAUAUGCCUUUUAAAGUCUCUAAUAUUUAUUCAUUAUUUGACCAAUACUAUUGAAAUUCAAUUUACGAUAUCACAUGAUUUGCGUAUAUAUAUAAUUUGUGCUUGUGGUGGUAAUUUAGAAAAUAUAUUAUUUAGAUCCUCAAA